AUCUUCCCACCAUGCAUAUCACUACCAUCGUUAUCGCCGCCGCCUUCGCCGUCUCAGCCAGCUCCUGGAAAAUACCCACCGGCGCCACCAACGGAAUCUACUCUGCACACUUGGAUGCCGCCGGCGUGGAAGUCCAUACCAAGCUCAGAGAAAUCCCUACUCCCAGCGUAAAAAAGAGUCUCACACGUGGCCUUUCCCGGCGUUACGAAGGCCAAAUCUUUUGCGGGUGCGGGUAUAACAUGGACCCAGGGAACUGCAACGCCGCCGUCGACAGCAUGAAAGACGGGCUAAGAAACGAGGAUGGCGUGUUUAGUUAUAUCCCAGGGCAUAUGGCAUUCUACGCUAUCAGAAACAACGUUGUAGCUUUUGCGUGCAACCGCGGCGACGGUUCGUACCCGCUCGGAGCGAAUUCGUUUGGCGCUGAUCUCGCGGAAAUCACGCGGUAUUGUGGGUUGUAUAUUGCUGGGUCGUAUCAGCGUGCUCCUGAUUAUGCUGCUUUGAUCACGGGAUAUAUGCGCUAUAGCGAUGGCGAUGACUUUUGUGCGGCGUCGACUGGGUCGGGGGCGGGGAAUUGCUGAGGUGUAUU